AUGGCAUUGCAACAUCUUGCUCCAGAACUGCUGGUCCACAUUUUCGAAUCUCUCUCCUCCGUUUCCGAUAUCAUUAGUCUCUCACUCACAUGUCGCUAUUUCCAUGCACUGCUCCCGAAGUCGCACAAGCUAGUCCUCUUUUUCAGUGCCAUUGACCAAGAGAUGGGCCCAUUGGAAGAUAUUCUACAACUUUUGACCCAGAACGACAACGAAAUAAUUCAUCUGCGCCGUUCUCCACCUUUGUCGUUCACCUUACUUACGCAAGCCACAGCUGUUGCUCGCGUAGCCCAACGUUUUGUCGAGCUGUAUCCCGGUUUCAGGUGGGCGGACGAAAACAGCCCACAUCGUCGCGUCCUGGUCGACUGCGAAGCCCGAAAACUUCGCCGUGCAGUCUACCGACUUUGGAGUUACACCCAAGCAUUCUGCAGCAAAUCGUCUUUCCCACAUCUGCGGUCGGCCAUAAGCUCAUCAGCCGAAAGACUUCAACUCCUGCGUUCAUGGUCCACACCACAUCUCCUUGAACUUGAGGACUUCCGCUGCACACUUGAGCGGUUGUUGGCGAUAGAAAUCUGCCCAACUGACGGAGAAGUUUACUCCAGGACUUCCGAAGACGCAAAACUUCCGCAUCCUCCGUCGCAAUAUUUCCCUUCCCAUCAUUUCAUGGGAAGUACACCGGUAAUUCAAGAGUUCUUCCAUGAUUCGCGCGAAUCAUCGUUCCCCGAUCAGAAGGCUUCAAUCCAGGAGCUUCGUUUCAGGCAUAUGCGAGGAUGGGGUAGUGACCUGCAGAACUUCUACCUGGUCCAAUCGUUUUUGAAGUUCUCCCCAGCCCAGAUACUGUGGCUGUUCGACAACGCCGUGUCCAAGACGGAUGUGGAGCGAUUCAUUGAGCUGCACUCUCACGACCCCUGUUUCUUCGACUCCGGUUCUCUGCUAUUUAGUGAUUGGGUGACUGUUCUGCAUGGACGUGGUGUUGACGUUCAGGAGGCCAGAGAAGCAAUUUGGGAUGGCAAUGCAGGUAUUGUAAUAAAGAAUAGUACGGAGGAAUGUUGA